AUGGAUUUUUUCGCGGGAAAGGCUGCUGAGAAGCAGAUUAACGGCGUUGGAGAAGCAGUCAAUUCGAUGGUCAAUGAUGCAUCAGAAGCCGUCUCCAACUGGUGGGAAGGUCUCAUGGGCAAAGUGCAGAAGCCCCUGCCAGAGAUCCUGGAGCAGUACGAGUUCCCUGUGGGAAUUUUCCCAAAGAACCAUGUCAAGUACGUCCUUAAGCUUACUGACUCCAGCAAACCCGAAUCAGGGGGCGUCCUGGAGGUACAUUUCACAGGGGGAAUGGAAGUCAAGCUCAGUGACGGGACGGUUCUGAAGUAUGCAAAGAAGGUUGUGGUCCGGAUUACUCCCAGGGAAAUGGCAGGAGUUGUGGGUUUGAAGCUGAAGGGCAUCACAGGGUACACUGAGAUUAGUGCAGUCUCUGUUGACACUGUCAAGGAGAACGUGCAUUUGCAAACACGGGUGCGCAAGACUAAGCCGCUGCACCUCUUCAAGAGCGCAAGGCAGGGCGUUGAGGUACUUGAUGUUAGCUGA